UUGACCAAUAUGUUUACGUACCCGUAUUUUUCAUAGACUUUGUUGUGUACUUCUUCUAAGUCUUUAGUAAUAUCUCCAUAGAUAAAUUUAUCUAUGGAGAUAUUACUAAAGGCAUAGGCUAAGGCAUUAGGCACCCUCCAAUGGAGUCUGAAAUUCUAUAACAGCAUGAGGAAGGACAGAGGCGGCAAAGGCGGCACCAUCAUUAACAUCUCUUCCAUAUCUGGUUUUCUUGUAGACCCAUUCAUUACAAGUUAUAAAGCCUCCAAAUAUGCCAUAAUAGGUCUCACACUUGGUUUGGGCCAUGAAUACAAUUAUAAGACUUCGGCAGUCAGAGUGGUGGCGAUAUGCCCUGGAUUCACAUCUUCGGACAUGACGGAUGGCCAGAUGGUAGUAGACGAACAGGCGAGUAUCUUUGAUAAGUUUAGGAGUAGCCUCAUAUGGCAGACGCCAGAUGUCCUGGGAAAAAAUGCCAUUAAGGUUUUCCAAGAAGCUGACACUGGUUCUAUUUGGGUUUCUGAAGAAGGUAAGGAUGCUGAAAUCGCACCGGCCAGAAAGGUUGUCACAUUAAGUCAGCUUGAGAGCCUUUGAGCUAUAAAAUUAAUAUUAUAAAUUUAUUAAUAAAAUAAUUAAUUAUGCGGGUAAAAUACAAAACUUUUAAACACGGGUAAAUUCAUAGACGAUGCUUGUAAAAUAAAUAAGCAAUCUUUUUUUUUUUUUUGUAUUGUAUAAUAAUUUUAGUCUAGUCAGAUGUUCUUGUCUUUCUGAACACAACUGAUUCAAUUUAAUAAGAAAAGAAUGUUAGGCUUCAGAUUGUGAUGUAAUAACAAACCUCUUGUCUUCAAUUAGUUAUAUAUUCUAUGUACUCGUAUGACCUAAAUUCUUUCCACUAACUGCAUGCAUCAACUCUUACAGCAUUAUUAACUGCAAAAUAA